UCCGGCAACAGAGGCUUGAGAGGAUAAAAAGGAGGCGCUGUGCAAAUCUCCCCAUAAUAAACACAAAGCCCUCAACGCACAGUGAGAAGGCAGGAGGCAAACAAACCAGAAGGGAAACCACAGCCAGGACUGGAAGAAGUGCACAGGCAAUAAAGUACAUAGGAAGGGUUUGCUUGCAAAAGGGGAAGUAAGUUAGCGAUUGUGUAAAAACUUAGAACCGGGGCAUUCGUGCUUGAACCGAGGCAGCGUUCGCACUGAAGUCCCUUCCAGCAGCCUGAGCGAGGAGACAGGGCAGCAAUUUUGCAGCAAAUCGGCGAAUCGGCACUUUCGGCCAGGAUGCCAUUCUUGGGUCAGGACUGGAGGUCCCCCGGUCAGAGUUGGAUCAAGACGGACAGCGGCUGGAAGAGGUCGAAGGUUGAAGCCAACAACAAUGUGGCGCCGCUGAACUGUUACUCCAAUGAAGAGUUUAAUAAGGAGAACUUUCUGAACAAUGUUGGGUACGAUUUCAUGACCAAGAAAAGAAAGAAGGAUAUUUUGAAUAACAACACAAAAAUCCAAUAUUUCCACCAUGAUACUUGGAUCUCAGUUCACAAAGGAAGCACGAAAGAACGCCAUGGAUACUGCACCCUGGGUGAGGCUUUUAACCGCUUGGACUUCUCCAGCGCGAUACGAGACAUCAGACGAUUCAAUUAUGUUGUUCGGUUACUUGAGCUCAUUGCAAAAUCCCAGCUCACUUCCCUCAGUGGGAUUGCUCAGAAAAACUACAUGAACAUUCUGGAGAAAGUCGUGCAGAAAGUGCUUGAAGACCAGUGUGAUAUCCGGCUAAUUAAGGAGCUACUCAACUGUCUGUACGCCACCAUUUGUGCGCUAGUCAAAGGCGUGGGGAAGUGUGUUCUUGUGGGGAACAUUAACACCUGGGUCUACAGAAUGGAGGUCAUUCUUCAUUGGCAACAGCAGCUGAACAAUAUGCAAAUCAUCAGGCCUAUAUCUACAGGAAUGACCCUGACUGAUCUACCAAUGUGCCUGCAGUUGAACAUCUUAGAGAGGUUGGCUGAUGGGAGAGAUAUUGUAAACCUUGGACAGGUAUCUCCUACCCUGCAAGUUCUGAGUGAGGACAAGCUUCUAUGGAGAAAAUUGUGCCGCUACCACUUCACAGAGCGCCAGAUUCGCAAACGUCUCAUUUUAUCUGAGAAGGGUCAUUUGGACUGGAAAAAGAUGUACUUUAAACUUGGGAGAUGCUACCCAAAGAAAGAACAGUAUGUGGACACACUGCAGUUCUGCCGACACUGUCACAUCCUCUUCUGGAAGGAUACUAAUCAUCCUUGCACAGCAAAUGACCCUGAUGGCUCUUACACUUCUAUUUCACCUCUUGAAUUCAUCAGUCUCUUCAAGUUCUGAAUGUGGAAAUUCCAGCAGACUCCCAGUCUGGAAGAAUUUUUUUUGCUUUUACCAAUGUAAAUAAUGUUUUAUAAUAUUUAUACUUUUUACACUGAAGCUGAAAUAGAAGUGGUUUAAGUUUAUAUUUUAUAUAUUAAAGUUCAUGCUGUGUAAAUAUUGCUUGGGAUGAUUUGGGGAAUAAAAAGUUACUGAGGAAACAUUUCAAGGUGACUUGAAGGAAAGUCAAGUUGAGAUAUCAAACAGGAGGCAUUUACUCUUAAAUGGGGUUGAGUUGCAUUGCUAUAGCAAUGCAUUGAAAGUAUCCAGUUUAUCAUUUCUGGCUAUUGUUCGAAUGACUAAUGGUGUUGGCAGAAACAUUCUCUGCACUGGUUUGUUGAUUAUAAUAUUAAGAUGCACGUGUUACAGAGCAUGGGUUUGGGUAGUUCCUGCAUUCCCUUUCUUGCCUAGUUGCUGAGACGUUGUGAAAGUGAUCUGCACUGCCUUGAGCUGGUCACUUCACCCACCUGACAUCAACAGGCCGUCAGUAUCAUUUUCUGUAAAAUGGAGUUAUGGAAGUGGCUUCUGAAUUUCUGGGUGCUCCUUUGAAAAUGGAACCAACUUUGAGCAAUCAAGUUUUCAACCCCCAAUUUUGCUAUCCUGGUAAAAUAGCUGAUUCUGUGUGUGGGAAGCUGAGUUCUCUGCAGACUAUUGCAUGGUCCCAUUCUCUCACAUUGUGGUCAACUCAUGGUAACAUGAAUGUUUCGUAGGACACUUAAUUAAAUUGUGACAGGAGUGAUGGAGUGCAGGAGAUGGAUUCUUAUCUUUCUGUAUUUGUGGUCAGUUCUGUCAUUUUAUUUGCUGUUAGCAUUAUCUUCUGCCUUUUUUUUU